GGACGCCUCUCCGUCUGAGCGAGAUCCAGUGGCUUCCAGACGGCCAGUCUUCUCGCAGAUCGCAACCUGCGUGGGCAACAACCGAUCGUGAUCGAUCGCACGGUGCGUCCUCUCUGGACUACCGCUUUGCAUGUCGUGUGCGUGCGAGUCCAAGAGUAUUCCGUGUACCACGAAUCUUCUAGUCAUCCGCGCGCGGGUAUAUAUAGAGUAAUGAGAUAACAACCACUGUGACAAAUUAGCACAAUUUCGUCCACGCGGCGUUCACACCUACGUCUAGAGAAUAUCAUUAAAUUCUGUACGCAUUUUUCAAACGGCAAACAACUCGUGCAUCCUCGAUACACAAACUCGUUUCCGAAUCUCGCCAUCCCGUCUCGGUAAAUCUUAUUCGACCGAUUUACGUCCAUCGUUAUUCGUACCGAUGCGAAUACAAAUCACGAGGGGUCAGUGGGCCGUAUUCGGUGGCUUCACGUUAGUUUGCCUCGCCAAUUUACGAUUAGCCAUCGGUGACCAGAAUGAAGGCAACGAAGGUAGGACACACAGGGAAGAGGUUCGACAACAUGUAUGCUGCGCCAGACACGAGAAAAUGAUCGAUGUUGGAUACGGAAUAUCGGGCGAAAUUAUCCAAAUUGAUGCAGGCCACUGUCGUAAACUGUGUCCACGACACGUGUUGGAUGAUCCAGGAGAUGCGAGUCGGCCCACUGUACAGAGAUGUUUCCCGGAAUCGCAUUGUCGUCCAAGGGCGGCAAAAUUGGAGAGGGUGUCAACGAUUCAAGGUGUUCGUGUGAUCGAAGUCACAGAAGCUUGCGAAUGCACGCCUGAUUCGUCCUGUAGGCGAGAAUCCUUCACGCAUCUCGUACAUUCUGGCACUCCUCACCAAGCCGUGAUUGAUGUCGGAGUAUGUAUGGGUCACUGUGCUAAAGAUCUUGGAUGCAAACCGGUGAGGAACAGUACGGUUAGCAUCAAAGGACCGAAUGGGGACGAAGUGUACCAAGUGAUUGAGAAAUGUGGCUGCGCUGGAACAUGCCACAAAAUGGACCACAUGGAGACCGUUUUAGAUUUCAGCGAAGUGGAAAUUAAGGAUGGUACAAACACGACGGAUGUUAGGCCAGUCGUUCGGCAAAUUAAUGUCGGACAAUGCGUUGGGACGUGUCCAGGGAACGAGACGGAAAUGUGUCUUUUGAGAGACAAAAAAGAGCCAUCGAGAUGCUUGGCGGGUCUGUACUCGAAGCAACAUACUUGUACACCCGCCAGAUUCAAAGUUCACGAAUACAGGACACGUCGUGGAUCGAAGAGAGAAAUUAUUCAAAUUACCCAAUGUGCCUGUGUCUGAAUAAAAUAGAGAGGACCGAGAGAAGUCUGUUCGAUCCAACGGGCCAAUGGAACAGACUUGUAGAAACAUUCAAGCUACUUUAUGCGUCGCGUAAAUACAAAGUACCAUUUCGAUGUUCCUACAUGCACCGUGUAUUGGUAUGAUAAAUAAACGUACAAUGACUUUCUAGAAAACGUCAA